AUCAAUUUUCACCCGGUGCAAAAACGCCUACCCGGGCCGGAUUAUACGAAUCUUUCCCAAUGCAAUGAACGGGACAGCGGUGCUUGAAGAAGUGAUGGGCGAGUAAAAUCGAUCAACUCUCGGUUUUGUUUCUAAAGAUUAGUUUCAACGUAAAGUCAAUCCAAGUUUUUGGUGUUUAUUUGCAAGUUACGGCGGGACUCAAACAACAUACGGAGGGGAAUUGAAAAUGGAGGUAGAAAAGGAAAUAAAGAAGAUGACCCUGGGCCACGAGAUUGGUGCCGGAGCCGCGUGCCUGAAAUGCAAGGACAAAUGCGAGGGGUUCGAGCUGCACUUCUGGAGAAAAAUCUGCCGGAACUGUAAGUGUGGCCUGAUGGACCACGAUGUUCAGAUGAACUCUGAGGAUGACAGGAAGGUUGGCAAGCUGUUUGAGGACACCAAGUACACUGGUCUCGUCGCCAAGCUCAAGACAGACGGCGCCCCCACAUACAAGGGCAACCAGGUCACCUUCUCCAUCUCCCCCAGCCCCAUGUCAGCCACCUCUGUACCAUACAGUCCCCACACUGUGCCAGCCAAUGCUGGCUAUGGUGCUGAGGGUGGGGUCGGGGGCGGUGUUGGGGCGGGUGCCGUACCUGGGUCUGGUGCUAGGAAUGGUGCCGGUGCUGGGGCCGGUGCUGGACCCGCUACCAUGACCAAACCAGGGGCAAUCAGACCUCAUGCUGUGUCAGUCAAUGCCGUGCCAGUCAGGAAGGAUGCUGAGAAGUCUGUCACCUACGAGUGGGCACCACCAGGGGUCAAACAGUAUAUGGCUGUCCGCUACAUUGAGCUCCUGCCCCCAGAGAGGCGUCCCAUAGCGGGCACGGAGGGUGCCGCCUACCGCCGGCAACAGAUGGCAGUGCAGCUACCGGAGCAUGACCAGGACCCGGCCAAGUGCCACGAGCUUACCCCCGCAGAGGUGAAACAGAUGCAGCAGUUUGUCCGCAAGUACAAGGAUGAGGCCCUGGGAGUGGGAGACAUCAAGCUGCCCGAGGAGAUGAUGGGACAGGGUCUUGGUCAGGAGAGAGCACCAGGCAUGGGAGCACCAGGCAUGGGAGCACCAGGCAUGGGAACACCAGGCAUGGGAGCACCAGGCCAAGGACGACCAGGGAUGGCAGAACACCCAGGGAUGGCAACAGCUGGGGGAGCCUUUGGGCCUGCAGGUCCUGGUCUUCGGACUAGACCCGGGGCUGGGGGUGCACUUGGGCCAGCAGGACCAGUUCAGCCUGGGACGGGGUCUGGGGGUUACCCUGGGGCUGGAAAGGGUGCACCAGAAGACAUGGGUACUGCUGCCACCACUACCGCUGGGUCAAUGGGCACUCCGGGAGCCCCUGGAUCUCACCUGGCUGGGCCCUGUGGACAAUACUCGUGCCACCAGUGCCAACUGCCCAUGCGUCAGGGCGAGCCUGCGGUGUACGCAGAGCGUGCUGGCUACGACAAGCUGUGGCACCCGGCCUGCUUCGUGUGCUGCACCUGCUCAGAGCUCCUGGUGGACAUGAUCUACUUCUGGAAGAAGGGACAGCUCUACUGCGGACGCCAUUACGGAGACAGCGAGAAGCCCCGCUGUGGAGGCUGUGACGAGCUGAUCUUCAGUAAUGAGUACACACAGGCCGAGGACCAGAACUGGCACCUGAAACACUUCUGCUGCUUCGACUGUGACUGUGUUCUGGCUGGAGAGACCUACGUUAUGGAGAACAACAAGCCUGUCUGCAAGCCCUGCUACAUGAAGAGCCACGCAGUAGUAUGUACAGCCUGUCAGAACCCAGUGGAGCCCGAGGCCCAGCGCGUCUCCUACGGGGAGUUCUACUGGCACGCUGAGCCCCAGUGCUUCCAGUGCUCCUGCUGUGCUAAGUGUCUCAUUGGAGAGCGCUUCAUGGCCAUACAGGGCAUGCUCUUCUGCUCUGUCGAGUGCAAGAAGAAGACAAUGACCUAGAGAAGACUAUGUGGCCCAGAGCAGCUCAACCUGAUGACAAAAUUAUUCAAGUCUGGUCUAGAAUGCGAAUAAUGGUAAUUUCCCUUGACCUCAAACAACGUGGUUCAGUCUGCAACUGAUUCUUGCCCAGAUCAACUCUGCUCCUGAUGACAACCAACCCUAGUCCUGAACCCUAGUCCUGAGCUAAUUUUAGUUUUCACUAUGCUUAUUUCCGCUCAAGACUGCAACCGAUCAUCUGAAUAACAGUUGGAAAUAACCUCAAUAUUGUCUGUUUCUCACUUGACAUGCAACUGUUUUGUUCUACUGUAUCUCAAUGAAACUACUCUAGUUUUAUUGAGAUACAUUUUGUUGAAGUCUUGUUUCAGCACACUUUUAAAAAUGUUUUACAGUCACUUAUUCAUCAGAGUGUAAAUCAGCUUUGGAUUCACGACUCGGUCUACUACCAAAAUAACUACCAUGGGUUGUUCUCAUAUCAUUCGGCCUGUUGCUUUCUCUCUAGAAUGUACGACUGAUUACAGACAUCCAACUCGAAGCAGCAGUAUAAUAGCAAUAACCUUACAAGAAAUGAUGCUUUGUGUGCAGUGUUUCUUUUCCACUAGAAGCAGCUCUUCAUUGUUGUUACAGGUGGAUAAGUAUCUGACUAUGCCAAGUGGCUAACUGAUUCUCUUCAACACAGUCCUGGAGAACCCAUGGGGAGCGCAGGUUUUCACAAGUGACACUUUUAUGGAAAACAAAACAGGUGAUGUCAUAUCUAUGCGAUCGACAGAACGUCUUCAAAUUACGACGACUCUUGAGGACCAACGAAAUGAGAAAGUACUUUUCUUUCUACUGUGGUGUCUAAUGACCUGCGUCCUCCUUUCUUUCCUGCUGUCUUUGUUUUGUAUUAUGAUAUUGUCUUCUCAAUAAUUUGCCAUUUUGCUUUCCUUUGUUUCUUGCUCAGUGAAAAGCACUUUGAUAUUUUCUCCUCACGCUCUUACAACCUAAUAAAGAUUUUUGCCAUGAUUUA